AUGGCCGUCGCGGCCUGCCUUGCGCGUUUCCGCGAGGACUAUGACCGCCGGGCCAGGGGUGUUGCCCAGGCGGCAGAUCAGAAGAGGCCGCGCUUCAAAGGCUACGAGAACGGGACGAGCAGAGGAGCCGCCAGAGUCAGACGCUCGGGAGCAUCUCCCCGGUCCAACACGAGACAGUAUUUGAGAGGCACUCUAGGAGCCUCAUCACUGCAGUCAUGUCAUGUAUCGGGGACCCUGGAUGCGCGCUUCGAAGGUGUCAAGUCGGAUGCAAACCCCAGCCACGAGAGUGGCCAAUCCUCCCAGAUCGCUUUCAAGAGCAGGGCCUGGAUCCCAGAUCUGAGCCCGAUUUAG